AAGCUCUCCCUAAGCCUGCUCUGUGCCCAGCUCUGCUGAGCUGUGAGGACCUAGAUGGGCCAGGGAGAUGGCUGCCUGGGAAGCCGUCAGGCGAGGGGAGAGAGACGCACAUGCAGAAACGUGGACGGCAGUCACAAGACCGCUAGCAGAUGAAGCAGGAUCUCAGCAUCUGGUGAGAGAGGUGGUGCUGAAUGACCUGAGGCUGUUCCAGAAUAAAGCUGUCUCUGGACGGAGGGACGGGAAGUGGCCAGAAGGGGAAGUGUGAGGAGUUCCCGUCCAGCCUGUCAUCAGUGUCCCCAGGUCUUGAAGCGGCGGCCCUGCUCCUGGCCGUGACCAUGGACCCUCUGGAGACCCCUAUCAAGGAUGGCAUCCUCUACCAGCAGCAUGUCAAGUUUGGCAAGAAGUGCUGGCGGAAGGUGUGGGCUCUGCUGUAUGCAGGAGGCCCAUCAGGCGUGGCACGGCUGGAGAGCUGGGAGGUCCGGGAUGGUGGCCUGGGAGCAGCGGGUGACAGGUCGGCAGGGCCUGGCCGGCGAGGGGAGCGACGGGUCAUCCGCCUGGCUGACUGUGUGUCCGUGCUGCCGGCUGACGGCGAGAGCUGCCCCCGGGACACCGGUGCCUUCCUGCUCACCACCACCGAGCGAAGCCAUCUACUGGCUGCUCAGCACCGCCAGGCCUGGAUGGGCCCCAUCUGCCAGCUGGCCUUCCCGGGGACAGGGGAGGCCUCCUCAGGAUCCACAGAUGCCCAGUCUCCCAAGAGGGGCCUGGUCCCCAUGGAGGAAAACUCCAUCUACUCCUCCUGGCAGGAAGUGGGCGAGUUUCCCGUGGUGGUGCAGAGGACUGAGGCCGCCACCCGCUGCCAGCUGAAGGGGCCGGCCCUGCUGGUGCUGGGCCCAGACGCCAUCCAGCUGAGGGAGGCCAAGGGCACCCAGGCCCUCUACAGCUGGCCCUACCACUUCCUGCGCAAGUUCGGCUCCGACAAGGGCGUGUUCUCCUUUGAGGCCGGCCGUCGCUGCAACUCGGGUGAGGGCCUCUUUGCCUUCAGCACCCCCUGUGCCCCUGACCUGUGCAGGGCUGUGGCCGGGGCCAUCGCCCGCCAGCGGGAGCGGCUGCCAGAGCUGACCAGGCCCCAGCCCUGCCCCCUGCCACGGGCCACCUCUCUGCCCUCCCUGGACACCCCCGGAGAGCUUCGGGAGAUGCCACCAGGACCUGAGCCACCCACGUCCAGGAAAGUGCACCUGGCCCAGCCCGGACCCCAGAGCCUGCCGCUACUGCUAGGCCCGGAGCCCAACGAUCUGGCGUCCGGGCUCUACGCUUCAGUGUGCAAGCGUGCCAGUGGGCCCCCAGGCAAUGAGCACCUCUAUGAGAACCUGUGUGUGCUGGAGGCCAGCCCCACGCUGCACGGUGGGGAACCUGAGCCACACGAGGGCCCCGGCAGCCGCAGCCCCACAACCAGUCCCAUCUACCACAACGGCCAGGACUUGAGCUGGCCCGGCCCGGCCAACGACAGUACCCUGGAGGCCCAGUACCGGCGGCUGCUGGAGCUGGAUCAGGUGGAGGGCACAGGCCGCCCUGACCCUCAGGCAGGUUUCAAGGCCAAGCUGGUGACCCUGCUGAGUCGUGAGCGGAGGAAGGGCCCUGCCCCUUGUGACCGGCCCUGAACGCCCAGCAGAGUGGUGGCCAGAGGGGAGAGGUGCUCCCCCUGGGACAGGAGGGUGGGCUGGUGGGCAAACAUCGGGCCCAUGCAGACACACGCCUGUGUCCACCCUGGCCUGCAGGAACAAGGCAGGCCGCCUGUGGAGGACCUCAGCCCUGCCCUGCCCUCCUCAUGAAUAGUGUGCAGACUCACAGAUAAUAAAGCUCAGAGCAGCUCCCGGCAGGGGCACUCACGGCACAUGCCCCUGCCCACGUUCAUUGCGGCCAACACGAGCACCCUGUACCGGUUCCAGGGGCACAGGUGACCUGGGCCUUACCUGCCACCCGUGGGCUCAAAUCCACUGCAGCAGACAGACGGGAUGGAAAUCAUUAGGACUCCAUGUUGCCCUGCACGGCCGAGUGACACGAAGAGGCAGGCGGAGGGAGCUGUGAGGCUUACUUGUCAGACUCAGGAAGGAGCAACAUGAGGGCCCAACUGGAGACCCGGAGGCCUGAGCUGGGAGGAGGCAGUGGGGGCGGGGUGCAGGUGGAAGGGAUUUCAGAGACACCCUCGCCCAAAACACUUGUUCCCUGCUGAAACUCCAACAAUUUGCAGAUACUUCUGGGAACCCCAGGCAUCAGUCUCCUCAUCUGUAAAGGAGAGAGAACCGAUGACGUAUCAGGCAUAAUCCUUGAUGAGAGUUUGCUGCGUGCCUACUCAGUGCCAGGCGCUGGGGGACACGGCCGUGUUCAGGACAGCCUUGGUCCUGUUCUCCGGGAGCCGACAUUCCAGGAGGAGAGAAGUUUCCUGAAGACUUCCAUGCUGCGUUCCCUCCUCUGCUCCUGCCCCUGGCGCCAUCCUAGGAGCCAGCCAUGCACGCAAGCAUCAUGCCUCCAGGGCUCUGACUGCCCAGCCCCUCACCGCAACUCUACCUCAGCUGCACACACCCUUGGCACAUCCUCAACCUCAUUUUCAUGACGGACACACAAUUUUUGCUCUCUCCUGUCCAAGCCUCAUCCUCUGGCUGCCACCUCCUUCCAGCUCACUUCCUUUAGCGUGGCCAGUACUGCCCCUGCCUAGGCAUGUCGACCUGCAGGGACCCUUUUCUGGCUCUUCGAGGCCUCUGCCCACCAUCCCCUCUUUGUUCUCCAUAGUCCCUUCCCCCUGUUGUCUCUUGUUUCAUCUUACUGGUCUGGCAAAGUCCCCGGCCUUGGGCGAGCCCAGACCUCCUCAGUGCCUGCACACAGCUGCCCACAGCCAGAGAAAUCCAUUUAAGCAGACUGCCUGCAUCCUUCUUAACAGUGCAAGGCAGGCACUCCCUGCCACAAGAGACCCUGUUCCCUAGUAGGGCAGCUUUUCUCCUCCCCAGAACCUCCUGUCUAUCCCCACCCAGUGUCUCCUCACAGGCAUAUUGGGGAAACAGGUCAGGCUCUCCCACCAUAUCUGCAAGUGUACUGGCAUCCAUCUGUCUUCUUCCUACCCCUACAGUAGAAACAGUGUCUGUCCCCAGCUGUGCUCUGAUCCCGGCUCCUCUCACCUCAGAGCUUGGAACAUUGAGCUGUCCCCACUCUCUCCUGCGCCCAUUCAUCUUACCAGCAGCUUUUCCAGCCACACGCAAACAUGCUCUGUAAUUUCACAUUUUAAACCUUCCCUUGACCUCACAUUCCUCUUCGGCCACCUCCCUGUUUCUCUGUUCCUCUUCACAGCAAAAACUGUUCAAAAGAGUUGUUGAUUACUUUCAUUUCCACUUUCUCACCCCCAUUCUCCCCUCAAUUAACUCUCCUUCAUCCCCAUGAUGCCAUUAUGUGGCUUUUAGUAGAGUCACCAACCUUAUUCUCCAAAACAAAAGCAACAAGGACUUUGACUUCUCAGCAGCACUCAGCUCUGGUUCUUGAAACACCCCCGUUACUUGCUAUUCCUCCUACCUCAUAACAAUCUCCUUCCCAGCCUCUACUGCUGCCUUCUCUGAGUUCUUCCCAGGGUCCUAGGCUCAGAUGUAGUGUAGCUCAACCCUGCUACACAAAAAAUCUCCUGAAAGCCUGUAAAAAUGUCCAUGCAUGUUCUGUGAGUGAGCUACCAAGAAAAUAAAAAAUUUUAAAAAUCAAA